GGACGCGCACCGGGGAGCGCGCACCCCUAGGGUCCAUAUAAAACUGAAGCGCCAGGUUCUGUUAAAGCUCUACGCGAGUUAGGCGGUUAAGCACAAACCAGUCCCGAGGUCCUCCAGUAAAGUAUCAAUCUAGGAAUCAAGAUGUACAGAACUACCAAGUCCCCCAUGAUGCAGCCCCUGGUCAACUCAGGAAUGGGCAUGGCUCCCUUCUUUAAGGCUACCGUGUUCGAGCAGGAGCAUUUCCAGGGAAAGUGCCUGGAGUUCACUUCUGAGUGCUCCAACAUCCAGGACUGUGGAUUGGACAACAUCCGCUCCAUCAGGGUGGAGAGUGGAGCCUGGGUGGGUUUCGAGCACCAUGACUUCCAGGGCCAGCAGUUCAUCCUGGAGAGAGGAGAGUACCCCCACUGGGACGCUUACAGCGGUUCCCUGUCCUACCACGUGGAGCGCCUCAUGUCUCUGCGCCCCAUCUACUGCGCUUCCCACCAGAGCAGCCGCAUGAUCAUCUUCGAGAAGGAGAACUUCAUGGGCCGCAGCGUGGAGAUCUGUGAUGACUACCCCUCUCUGCAGGCCAUGGGCUGGAUGAUGCCUGAAGUUGGCUCCAUGCACGUGCAGUGCGGCGCCUUCGUGUGCUACCAGUACCCCGGCUACAGGGGCCAGCAGUACAUCAUGGAGUGUGAGAGACACAGCGGAGACUACCAGCACUGGAGGAACUGGGGCUCUCACUGUCAGACCCCCCAGAUCCAGUCCAUCAGGCGUAUCCAGCACUGAGAGGAGCGAUGGCUGAGACUGAGGCCAAACCCCACUCGCAGCGGGUCCCCAUCAACCCCCUUGUUCCCUAAACCCACAACCUCCACCUCUUUUUCCCUCCCUUUCAUCCCCUCCUUCCUCUCGACUUGAGCUGCAACAGCCGCCCCAACACGACAACGCCGCUACUGAUUUACAGUUGCUCCUAGAGUGUGAUAAGAGACAAUAUCGCACUGUUUAAGCACAGGGAAACACACACACACACACUUUGACGACACAAGUGACACUCACUGUGUCUUUUUAUUUGGUUGAGAGGUCCCUACACAUGCACGCACAAAUCCACAGCUGCGCUGUACUGCUACCUGAGCUCAGCGAUGAGGAAAUCCAACAGAGGGAGAUGAAGCUCCAGUAUGUUUCCACGUCCAGGGAAUCCUCCCCAGCUGCUCCGGCUCUUCUCAGGGCGGCACACUGCUGCAGUGCAGCUCAGACGUGCUGUGCCGUCGUGUGUAGCAGCUUGAUAACUAAUAAACUCAUUUUCACUUCA